AUGGCUUCUAAAGUACUUCCGAAUUUCAUACCUUCUUAUUUAAAUAAUACUCCUAUAGGAGAAUAUAAUAAAGCUUAUCUAAAUAAAACACCUAUAGGAGAAUAUAAUAAAAAAAAUGAAUUGCAACCGAUUUGCGUGCCGACGGUAUUAAAUAAAGAUGAUGCAGAAAUUUGGUUGGAUGUUUGUUCCAAUGGAUUAAAAGUUGUUUAUAAUGGACCAGGAAGGUUAAAUGUACACGCAGCAGCAAUAAGGGCAAAUUAUCCUAUGCCUAUAGAAGCAGGUUUAUAUUACUUUGAGGUAGAUAUAAUUGAUAAAGGGGAAUUUGG